AUGUCCACCACCAACUCCAUCAAGCAAGCUGCCGAAGCAGCGCGAAAUAGAACAUCAGAAGCAAUCGAAACUACCAAACGACUUGCCGACUCUGCCAAAGCAGAUCCCAUAGCUGUCAAAAACGAUAUCCUCCACACACCGUUCAUGCGUGCCGCUCUCCCUUUCAUCAACGGAGGUCUCGCAGGCAUGACAGCUACCACCGUCAUCCAACCCAUCGACAUGAUCAAAGUGCGUCUCCAACUCGCCGGCGAAGGAAUCCGCACCGGUCCCAAACCCACCCCUCUAUCCGUUACCCGCGAGAUUCUCGCCUCCGGCAAAGCACUCGACCUCUACACCGGUCUCAGCGCAGGCCUCCUCCGCCAAGCCGUCUACACCACGGCGCGUCUUGGCUUCUUCGAUAGUUUCAUGACGACCCUCUCCGCUCGCUCAAAAGAAAACAACACCACCAUCGGCUUCAAAGAACGCGCCGCAGCAGGUCUCACAGCUGGUGGCUUGGCGGCCAUGAUAGGCAAUCCUGCAGAUCUCGCUCUGAUCCGCAUGCAAUCCGAUGGAUUGAAACCACUAGCCGAACGCAAAAAUUAUAAAUCCGUCAUCGAUGCUCUCACAUCCAUUACCAAAUCCGAAGGCAUCACUGCUCUCUGGGCUGGGUGCGCACCCACGGUUGUGCGAGCCAUGGCUCUGAAUUUCGGACAGCUGGCAUUUUUCUCCGAAGCCAAAUCACAACUCAAGACACGCACGGAUUGGAACCCCAAAACACAAACACUGACCGCUUCAGCCGUCGCCGGUUUCUUCGCCAGUUUCUUCAGCCUGCCAUUUGAUUUUGUGAAGACGAGGCUGCAGAAACAGGGAAGGGGAAAAGAUCGGGUUUACAAGGGAAUGGGAGAUUGUUUUGUGAAGGUGGCCAAGGAAGAAGGCAUGAUGAGAUUUUACAGAGGGUUUGGUACGUAUUAUGUGAGGAUUGCUCCGCAUGCUAUGGUUACAUUGAUUGUGGCGGAUUGGUUGGGUUUUAUGACUAAGUAA